AUGAAGUUCUCGCAUAGCAUCCAGUUCAAUGCCGUGCCCGAGUGGAGCAACAACUACAUCUCGUACAGCAAUCUCAAGAAAUUGAUAUACACCCUCGAGAAGAGGCUUCACCAAGCAAAUACCAUCCCCGAAGAUGUCGAGGCCUCACCACUUCUUGCCGGCGACAAUGAGGACCCAGACAAGGUCUUUUCCCGCGCCCUAGACCACGACCUGGAAAAGAUCAUUUCCUUCUACCAGAACAAGGAGUCGGAUAUCUUUGCCGAAGUCGAGUCACUCCUCAAGGAUGAACAGGAGUUUGAGGAAGAGACACAAGAGCAGGAUGGAGAACACGAGGCUGGCCCGGCUGCAAGGAACGGUACUUUGGCAAAGGCGAGAAAAGCUAGCAUCUUCAAGGGCUUCAGCAUCGGUCGUCGAAGACGCGCCAGUACUUUGAGUGGCCAUCAAGAAGAAGGCGAGAGUGAUGAUGAACGAACCGGUCUCACCAAGUCAAACUCUCGCGACGGCAACCCAUACGACAUGUCGGCAAGCUCCAAUCUGGAUUCUUCGUCGCGUAGACGACCUAGCAGCUCUCACGACUUUGACGACCAAGCCCUCGACGUAUUGUACAACGAAGGCGUGACUCUCAAGAAACGCACCAUCAGUCUAUAUGUCACCUUGUGCGAACUGCGCUCUUUCAUCCAACUCAAUAAGACUGGUUUCGCGAAAGUGUUGAAGAAGUACGACAAAACUCUGGACCGCAAGCUCAAGAGCUCAUACAUCAAGGCCAACGUCGACAAUGCCUAUCCUUUCCAACAGGAUACUACCGAUCGCUUGAAUGUCAACAUCGAGAAGCUCGAGACAGCAUACGCAGAUCUUGUGACCAAGGGCGAUGUCGACCUGGCCAGACGUGAGCUGCGCCUACACUUGCGCGAACACGUCGUCUGGGAGCGCAACACCGUCUGGCGUGAGAUGAUUGGUAUCGAGCGAAAAGCACAAGCCGCCAACAUGGGUCUCGGCCAAACAAUGCUGGGCGGUAUCGAAGACCGCGGCAAGGCACGUUUGCAGGGUGACGAAGAGCUGGAGGCUACCAAGGAGGUUGUCACACCUCUUGGUAAGUACCGAUGCCCACGUUUCCUCCUGUCAAGCACUUUCUAUACUCUGGUGGCUGUGGUUGCCGUCUUCUUCAUCCUGCUAUUCGCACCCAUCAUGGAGUCUCCAGUUGAACAGAACUGCUUGGCGCUUGUCGUCCUUGUAAGUUUGCUCUGGGCCACCGAGGCCAUCCCACUGUUCGUGACUUCGCUGCUCGUCCCCUUCCUUGUUGUGGUCUUGCGCGUCGUCAGAUCCGAAGCCGAGCCUCAUCGUCGUCUCGAAUCCAAGGCAGCAGCAACUUACAUUUUCGGUGCUAUGUGGUCCCCUGUCAUCAUGCUCUUGCUCGGAGGCUUCACGAUUGCUGCUGCAUUGAGUAAGCAUAACAUUGCGAAGAUGAUGGCGACGUUCGUACUUAGUAAGGCUGGCACGAAACCUCGCAACGUGCUCAUCACCAGCAUGUUUGUUGCUAUGUUUGCCAGUAUGUGGAUCAGUAACGUCGCAGCUCCUGUUCUCUGCUUCUCCAUCAUUCAGCCCAUUUUGCGAAACCUGCCGGCCGACUCGGAUAUGUCCAAGGCUCUGCUCUUGGGCAUUGCUCUAUCUUCAAACAUGGGAGGCGCUGCCUCGCCAAUUGCUUCCCCUCAAAACUUGAUUGCCCUUCAGAACAUGACACCAGCACCCGGCUGGGGAGUCUGGUUCUUCAUCUCACUCCCCGUCUGCAUUAUCUCCAUCCUCUUGAUCUGGGGUCUGCUUUUGGUCACAUUCCGUCCAGGUCGCAACACGACAAUCGUGCCCAUUCGCCCUAUGAAGGACAAGUUCACACCUACCCAGUGGUUCAUCAGCUUUGUCACUAUUUUCACCAUCGUGCUCUGGUGCUUCAGCCACCAGCUCGAAUUCAUGUUUGGUGACAUGGGCGUUGUCGCCAUUCUUCCUAUGGUUGUCUUCUUCGGGUUGGGCAUUCUCAACAAGGAGGACUUCAACAACUUCCUCUGGACCAUCAUUAUUCUGGCUGCUGGCGGUUUGGCACUCGGAAAGGCCGUCAACUCGUCUGGGUUGCUGCGUACCAUUGCCGAAUCCAUCACCACUCGCGUCGAAGGUCUCGGCCUUUACAGCGUGCUGGUUGUGUUUGCUGCCUUGAUCGGUGUCGUAGCUACCUUUAUCUCCCACACAGUCGCUGCCUUGAUUGUGUUGCCCUUGGUUCAGCAGGUUGGUGAGGGCAUGAGCGAUCCACACCCCAACCUUCUUGUUAUGGGAAGCGUUCUCAUGGCUUCCGCUGCUAUGGGUCUUCCCACUUCUGGGUUCCCCAACAUGACUGCAAUCAUGAUGGAAGAGCCCAACACUGGCAGACGUUACCUCCAGGUUAAGCACUUCAUCACGCGUGGUGUACCCGCCUCAAUCAUGGCCUACGUCGUAAUCAUCACGGUUGGUUAUGGCUUGAUGUUGGCUGCUGGUAUGUAG